AAAAUCGUCACGGGUCCAAUGCGUCCGACCGUGUGUCUUGACUAGCUAGCUGCGGCCACGACUACAGGGACCCUCCGAAGGCGAGGAAGCCUGCCUGAUCGAGUGAUAUCUCCUCUUCCGUCCGCUCCUCGCAGCUUCGUAGGAAUCCCAGGAUGGAAGAGGAUGACCCUAGAAUCAGUCUUCUGAAGAAGCAGACAACUCAGGUGACUGAGACUGCGAGGGAGAAUGUGAGGAAAGUCGUUGCCAGGGGAGACAACAUAGACGACCUCCAGCAGAGAGCCGAAAGCCUGCAGCAGAGUGCUCACCAUUUUGAUAUAAAUGCCACUCGUCUUCGAAGAAAAAUGUGUUGGCAAAGUAUCUCGUUAUGGAUACUUCUACUGAUAGUUCUGGUGAUCAUACUUCUCACACUAAUUGUCUCAAUUGCUGUUGUUGUAGAGAAAAACAAGAAGAAAAAUUGACCAAAGACAAUCAUAUUUUGUGUAUCAUCUCACAUGACCAUUAAAUACUUUAUAACCCACAAUGUUCACAAAUUCAUGCAUGUGUGUGCACACAUGAUACAAGCAUGAUAAUUAUGUGGCUUGUGUAUUUACCUUAUGCAAGGG